UCAGAGAGUGUGUGUCUGUCUGUGUGUGUGUGUGUGUUCAGAGCAGCAUGCAGCAGAUCUACAGACACACUGAUGAACAGUUUGAGAUUUAUACCACGGUCUUCUCCCCACAAGUCUGCAGGUCCAGGAUCAGGAGCAGACAUGUGGAGGCAGAAAAGGUUGUGGCAGUGAUCCAGUACCGGUCCCGCUGGCCAAAGGAGCUGGACCUGAACCAGGGAGACCUGAUCCAGGUUCUGUUUAAAGUGGACGAGGCCUGGUGGUUUGGGCGACUGCCAAACGGAGAUGAAGGUUACUUCCCUGUCACCUGCGUGGAGCCACUGCAGGGCGGUGAUUCGUUCAGAGCCACGCCCACGCUGGUCAGGAGGGGGUCAGUGCCCGGCGUCAUGACACCUGCGGGCGCCCCCUGUGGCUGCACCAGCGGUCGCAGUACUCCGAAGCUGCUGAGGAAAAACAGCAUCCGGCCGCCGCUGGGGGGCUCGGGGGGGUCAGCUGCUCCUCCUCACGGCUCCCCCAGCCUGCUCCACCGAGUCCUGGCUAAGUCCAGAAGAAAGAGCUGCCCCCACCUUCCCCAGCCUCCUCUGGACACCGGCUCCAUCAACACCGCCUUCCAGCCGGACUAGAAUGGAAGCACGAACGCCGCCUGGACAGAUGAGCAAAAGCUUUAGUUUCACAGAGGUUUCCAUGUAUUUUUGAUUCUGCACCUGAUGUCAAACAGAGAAAAGCCAGUGAAGACACGACCUGUCGAGUCGCGUCUCAGGUUUGACCUGCAGGAAGUUCUUUGGCAUUUCUGAGUCUCUGAGAUCAGACAAAGUUAGGCCCAAGGUGCUGAAGUCAUCUGUGUCUUCACGUCGUGUCCAAGUUAAACAGGUGAAACCUGAGUCUCUGAGGUCUCCUCCGAGUCUCAGAGACCAUGUUCAAGUCGCCAAGGUUACGUACCAGUUGCAGAGAUCACUGAGGUCUGAGUCCAUCAGGUCACACCGAAACCUCUUAGAUCAUGUCCCAGUCCCUGAGGUCAGCUGGGACUGGAGUCUGCUCAGCACUUCCUGUUCAGUUCACCUGCGUCCUGUCUGAGUUAGAAAGAUCCGCUUCCACCUCGUCUGUCCCUGAUCCUGGGUCAGCGGGUCCACUUUAAGGACAAGUCAGUUUAAUGGUCCCAGAGUUUCUGAUCAGAAACGAAACCCCUCAGAUUAAACUGUGAUGCAGUCUGAGCCACUGAGGCGUGAACAAGUGAAUCAUGGGUAUACGCCACGAGCCCAGUCCAAAGGCCUGUCAAUUCCUUCAUUCAAAUAAAAAACAGACACAUUCAGUCACUGGCAUUUAUUGCACAUCACAUCUGGGACCAGAAAUCAGACAGUGAUCCAGAACACGGAACCAUGUUCCACCGGUUCUGCCACUUUUUAACGUUCAGUCCGUUUCUUAUGCAGAUUCACAGAAAUGCUAAAUGUAAGACCACGUCUCAGUCCUCAUUCUCAUCGUGAGACUGUUAAAAACAUUUUCAGCACAUGUUCAGUUUAUAUGAUAAUUUAUCAUAAACUAAUAUAAAGAGUCAUAAAGUUAUUCGAGGUUACUGAGAAUGUGCAGCAGCCAGAUUCCAUUAAAUCACAGGGAUGCAGGUAAACACGCAAACACACACACACACACACACACACACACACACACACACACACACACACACACACACACAGAUUAAAAAGUCUAAAAGCUGAAUCUGAUGUUUUAAAAAAAGCCAAG